CCCGGUACGGUUAUCUUCAAGAACCAACUAUGCACGAGGAAUAAUGAAUCACGACAUGUGUCAUCCAUAGGUUGAGAUAUAUUUUGUGAGCUACACCAAUUCUAGUAAAUUAAUCGUUGCUCUUCAAGAACCUAUGACAGAAUGUGAUAUGAUGGGUCAGUGCACGAAUCAAUGCGAUCAGAUAUUAGUCAUCAAGACUGAGACCAAACUGCCGAUAGAGCUCAGAAACAGUCGUGCCUUGGACUUCAGCCAGUUUGCCCAGCAGGAGCUGCCCGGCAUCUUUGAUCUCAUUGUACUCAUGGAGGUGCUCAAUGUACUGCUGGAGCUCGUCCUCACUGUACUCCUGAGACAGUUCCUCAAUCUCAGCCUCGUUAGCUCGUAUCUGCUCCUUGAGUCUUGCUAUAUCAGCUCUGAGGCUCUCCUCAGUCUCUGCCGUCACUCUGACUGUGUUGGAUUGAGUGCUGCGUGACCGAACGGGCGUGAGGGAAUAUGGCUUAUGUCUCGCCGAGCCAGUGACACCUGAGCUGGGUGGUGUGGCCUUGAUUGACUGCUGUGCUGUUGGGAUUUUACUACUAGAGCUGUUGCCUGUUGGUGUACUGACAGAGGUAGUGUCUGUGGAUGAGGUGGGUGAUGUUCUGAGAGGAGACUUGAAGGCUGCAUGGACUUUAGAGGAGGAGGCUGAGAGUCUUCGAUGAGGUGGUCUGAAGGUAGUUCUCUGGGCUGGGUCUCUGGCUGGAGUAGUCACUGCUCCUGUGAGGGGAUCUGGGCCCGCAGUGGAUGUAGGAGAGGGCAACACUUCAAGACCUGCAGCGCUCUCUUGGCCACUCAUCAUGCGCGCUUACUUCUGAGCUGGGAUUUCUGCGCAGGUGUAUGACGUAACCAUAUUUCUCCGUAAUCUCCGAAAAAAACGGCCUUGUGACGUGGCGUCCAGCGUGGCGACCGAAGCUAGUGCAGGGCGCAGUCAGUGCUUGCAGCUAUAUAGCAUCGUUUGGUGAGCCGUUGCCCGUUUUGCUCCUCAUCGCCUGUGUUGGAAGAUCGCUGGGAAGUAGCGAGGAAAACCAUGUUGAUAAAGUUUGAAAGCAAAUCUCAUCGGGUCAAAGGACUGUCGUUCCAUCCGUCUCGACCCUGGAUCUUGGCCAGUCUCCACAAUGGAGUCAUCCAGCUCUGGGACUACCGCAUGUGCACACUCAUCGACAGAUACGAUGAACACGACGGUCCAGUGAGAGGGAUAGACUUCCACAGCAACCAGCCACUGUUUGUGUCUGGUGGAGACGACUACAAGAUCAAGGUGUGGAACUACAAGCAGAAGCGCUGUCUCUUCACUCUGCUCGGUCAUCUCGACUACAUCCGUACCACCUUCUUCCAUAAGGAGUAUCCGUGGGUUAUCAGUGCGUCGGACGACCAGACCAUUCGCAUCUGGAACUGGCAGUCUCGAACCUGCAUCUCUGUUCUGACGGGGCACAACCACUAUGUGAUGUGUGCCCAGUUCCAUGCCACGGAAGACCUGGUGGCCUCAGCCUCUCUCGACCAGACCAUCCGAAUCUGGGACAUCUCUGGUCUGCGUAAGAAGACGGUGGCCCCGGGAGCUAGUGGUCUGGACGACCAUCUCCGGAGCUCUGGGUCCACCGACCUGUUUGGCUCUGCUGAGUGCCAUUGUCAACAUCUCCUCGAGGGACACGACCGAGGAGUCACUGGGUCUCCUUCCACCCAAACCCUCCCUCUCCUGGUCUCGGGCCUCUGACGACAGACAGAUCAAACUGGUGGAGGAUGAACGAUCCAAGGCAUGUGGAGUGGACACCUUAGAGGUCACUAUAACAACGUGUCUUGUGCCAUGUUCUCACCCGAGACAUGAGGAGCUCAUCGUCAGCACCUCUGAGGACGCAGCAUCCGACUUCUGGGACCCAGAAUCACCAAACGUAUCUGUAUCCACACGUUCGCUCGGGACUCUGACAGGCUUCUGGAUAGUAGCUGGCCGCUGCCCACCCCACUCUCACUGUCUUUGUGCAGCAGGUCACGACAUGGAUGAUGGGGUUCAAGUAUGAGCGUGGAGCGACCGGCCGUCACCGUCCACACAGACACACUCUACUAUGUCAGAUAGUUCCUGAGGAAAUACGAGUUGGCACUCGCAAGAUGUCCUGUCAUGGCCAUUAGGAGGGCUGGAGCUCAUAUCGUGCGUGCUGCCUCCGCAUCUCUGGCGGUACAACGCAGCCGAGAGGCCGUCCUCCUCUGCUCUAUACUACGUCAUCUGAGAAUGCUUUCUACGAGCUGUUCACCAUGCCCAGAACCCUGACCACCUCCAAUCCCGAGUUGUGGAGGGGAAGCGUUCACGGGUCUUGACUGCCCGUCUGGCUGGCCAGGACAGAUUGUCAGUCCUGGACAAGACACAACCAGGUCCUCUGGGUUUUAUUGACAUUAAGUCUCCACUUUUAUGUACUCUUUGUUACCGAAUUGAAUGUGCAUGCUGCAAUAUUGUAUAGUUGAAUGUGUGCUGAAGGUGUGUUUUAGAAGUGUACUGUGUGUGUUCUGGUUGUGUGUAUGUAGCUGAUAGUCAAGAACCCUCAGUAACGAGGUGACCAAGAAGGUCCAGUGUCCACCAUGUGAGAGCGUCUUCUAUGCCGGGACGGGUCAUCUGCUCCUCAUAGGAGGCUGACACUGUCAAACAUCUUUGAUGUCCAGCAAAAGAUGACACUGAGCAGUGUUAGAGUGGCCAAGGGCAAAGUACUGGUCUGGUCUCAGGACAUGAGCCAUGUGCCAUCCUCGGGAGGAACGCCCUGGCCAUAUGCAACCGCAAGCUCCAGUGUCUGUGUUCGGUACACGAGAACAUGCGUGUCAAGAGCGCCGGCUGGGAUGAUUCGGGGGUCCUGCUCUAUACCACCAGCAACCACAUCAAAUACGCCCUACACAACGGUGACAAUGGAAUCAUCAGGACCCUUGAUCUGCCCAUCUACAUCACCCUGGUGAGAGGGACCACCGUCUACUGCCUGGACAGAGACGCAAAGACGCGGGCUCUCGUGGUCGACCCCACAGAGUACCGUUUCAAACUGGCCCUCAUCAACCGCAAAUAUGACGAGGUGUUGCACAUGGUGCGGAGUGCCAAGCUGGUGGGCCAGAGUAUCAUAGCCUAUCUCCAGCAGAAAGGCUACCCCGAGGUGGCCCUCCACUUUGUCAAGGACGAGAGAACCAAGUUUGCCCUCGCCCUCGAGUGUGGCAACAUUGAUGUGGCUCUGGAGGCAGCCCGUGCUCUGGACGACAAGGCCUGCUGGGAGAGACUUGCUGAUGCAGCACUGGCUCACGGAAACCACCAGAUUGUGGAGAUGGCCUACCAGCGCACAAAGAACUUUGAGCGACUAUCGUUCCUCUAUCUCAUCACCGGCAACAUGGAGAAGCUCAAGAAGAUGACAAAAAUUGCUGAGAUCAGGAAGGAUGUGAGCAGUCAGUACCACAAUGCUCUCUACACUGGAGACGUGACAGAGAGAGUUAAACUACUGAGGACUGUUGGUCAGGAGUCCCUGGCCUACCUGACAGCUGCCACUCAUGACCUGACUGAGGAAGCUCAGUCCAUUGCCGAGACCCUCCAGCCUACCCUGGAGAAGCUGCCAGAGGUCCACCCCAGCUCCAAGCUCCUCCUCCCUCCUCCAGCCAUCAGCCACACCGUCUCUGGCUGGCCUCUGCUCACUGUCAGCAAGGGAUUCUUUGAGGGUCACAUGAAGAUGAAAGCAUCAGGGAUGACAGCAGAGGAGGUGGUGGGAGAUGAGUUGGAGGAACAAGGCUGGGGAGAUGACGUCGACAUUCUCCUGGAUGAUGAGGACGUAGGAGGAGGAGGAGGGGGAGCUGUGAGGGAGGGAGGGGAGGAGGGAGAGGAGGGGGAGGGUGGAGGCUGGGAUGUGGAUGAUGAUCUCGAUAUUCCGGAGGAUAUUGGGGACGUGGGGCCAGCAACCUCUGAAGGGGAGGGUUACUUUGUUCCUCCCACCAAGGGAUCUCCUCCCUCUCAGGUGUGGGCGACAAAGUCCCAGCUCCCAGGAGACAGUGUGACUGCUGGUGCCUUUGAGAGUGCCAUGAGACUUCUCACAUAUCAAGUUGGAGUGGUUAACUUUGAGCCCUACAAGUCGCUGUUUCUACUGACCUUCAGCCACAGUCGUACGGCCAUUACGGGCAUCCCUCUCCUCCCUCCCCUCCUCACCUACCCACUCAGGAACUGGCAAGAAGCAGGGACAAGGAACGGCCUACCAGCCCUAGGACUGAAACUAGAUUCUCUGGUCACCCGUCUCCAGGGAGCCUACCAGGCCACCACAGGAGGCAAGUUCAGUGAUGCAGUGACCAAGUUCAGAGAGAUACUCCUCUCCCUCUCUCUACUGGUGGUGGACAACAGGUCUGAACUGGAAGAGGCCCAGCAGUUACUGACAAUCUGCAGGGAGUACAUCCAGGGGCUGUCCAUGGAGAUGGCCAGGAAGGAACUGCCAAAGAGCAACUUUGAGGAACAGAAGAGACAGUGUGAGAUGGCGGCCUACUUCACUCACUGUGAUCUCCAGCCCAUCCAUCUCAUCCUCACUCUUCGAACUGCUCUCAACCUCUUCUACAAGCUAAAGAAUUUCAAAACUGCUGGUUCGUUUGCUCGCCGGCUCUUAGAACUUGGACCCAAGGCUGAGAUAGCUGCACAGACAAGGAAGAUCCUGCAGGCCUGUGACAAAAACCCAACUGAUGCCCACAAACUGCUGUACGAUGAACACAAUCCUUUCUCCGUCUGUGGAGCCAGCCACAAACCCAUCUAUAGGGGCAAGACGCAGGAGAAGUGUCCACUGUGUGGAGCCAGCUACAUGCCUGACUACAAGGGAACAGUCUGCAAGAUUUGUCUGGUAUCAGAGAUAGGGAAGGACAGUAUUGGUCUGCGUAUUAGUGCCAUUCAAUUCCGAUAAACUCUUAUGUAUUAUUGAUUUCUGAACAGUGAAGAUUAUUGGCAGUCUUUCUAUUGCGCCACUACAAAUGUACAUACAUUGUGCUAAGAUGAACUUGGUGUAAUUUAAUUUUCCUGGAAGUGAUACAGUAAUGGCGUAUGACAUAAUGAAAAGCG